UAAAGAAAACAUAUAAAGCAGGGUUACCCAGCCGCCGGUUUCAGUUUUUAACAGAAAGAAAGAAAGUAAAGUGCCAAGUGCCAUUAGUCAUUCACAUUACGACAUAACGAUUGAAGUAUGAGUCUCAGGCAGUUUCAAACCGUUUCCCGCCAGGCGCUCAGGUGCUUUUCAAUGAGGCGGACCCUUGGCCCCGCCCUCGACUUAACUCAGGGUAAGAGGCAGAGCCUGCGCCUCUGCACUGUUCUGCUUCCCGUCAGCUGUGCGGCCACUUCCGCAUCCUCAGCCGCCCAGUACUCCACAGCUGCCGCCAUCGACAUGUCUGCUAACGGAGAUUACAAGAACGCCGCCUCGAUCUACGAGUUCACGGUGAAGGACACCCACGGCAACGAUGUCUCGCUGGACAAGUACAAGGGCAAGGUGGUCCUGGUGGUGAACAUCGCCUCCAAGUGCGGCCUGACCAAGAACAACUACGAGAAGCUGACUGACCUGAAGGUGAAGUACGGCGAGAAGGGCUUGGUGAUCCUGAACUUCCCGUGCAACCAGUUCGGAUCCCAGAUGCCGGAGGCCGAUGGCGAGGCCAUGGUGUGCCAUCUGCGCGAUUCCAAGGCUGACAUUGGCGAGGUCUUCGCCAAGGUUGAUGUGAACGGCGAUAACGCUGCACCCCUGUACAAGUACCUGAAGGCCAAGCAGACCGGAACCCUGGGCAGUGGAAUCAAGUGGAACUUCACCAAGUUCUUGGUCAACAAGGAGGGCAUCCCCGUCAACCGAUACGCCCCGACCACCGACCCCUUGGACAUAUCCAAGGACAUCGAGAAGCUCCUGUAGGUCUCCCCCGAGGACAGGAUUCUUAUGGAGUCUUAUGGACUGUGUUUUUCGCGUAGCUUUAGCUUGUAGCCGCCUGGCCACCAGACAGUCUUGUGGCUGGCCCCAUGCACCGCAUGUUAUAUAUAUUGUAUACUCUCUUACUGGUUUUUGAUUCCCACCCACACACAUAAUAAACGCCAUUUGUGGUUACCACACAA